CAUAUGCUCAUCGGUUGCUCUGGAUAUGCAUAGACGCCAGCUCACGUUGGCCACCUCUCUGGCCACCUCUAAGCUCACGUUUCCUUGCCCAAAGCUCAUUUUGAUUGCAUGGUAGCACAUAAAUAGCAUGGCUGAUACAUACCAUGGCGAGGGAGGGGGCGGGGAUGAUAGGCAGCAUGCCCCGAUCCUUUUCAACGCGGUGGAAGCAGAGGCAGAGCAUCAAUCUGCACUACAGGAGGAACGCGACAAGCACAGACGCAGGGCGGAGAAGUUUGGCACGCAGUACAAGGACCCCGGCCGUGUGCGAAAGGAUUUUAAGCUCGUGAUGGAGGCACGACAGGAGCGGCUGAAGGCGAAUCACGGCUUCACCACUGGUGACAUCGACCUCUUUUCAGAGGAGGCGCAACAGAAGCGCGCCGCACGCGCCGCACGCUUCCAGCUUGCGGAGCCGCGUGCGCCCGCGCUGGACCGCUUCCGGCCGGACGAGGAGCUGGAGGCGCGGGCGCGGCGGGCGGCCAAGUUCGGUGUGCCGUACCAGCCCACCGAGGCCGUACUCAUGGACAUGGACCUGUUCGAGCAGCGGCGCGAGGUGGGGUCCCAGGUGGAGCGGCGGCCCGAGGCGCUCUACCUGUACGGCGUGGAUGUGCUGGGCACGCGUGACGUGCUGUCGUACUUCGGAGACUACGGCGCCACGUUCGUGGAGUGGCUGGACGACUCCAGUUGCAACGUCUUGUUCCCGGACGUGAACAGCACCAAGCGCGCGCUGGUGGGCCGCGGCACGCCGUUGCCGCCCGACGUGGUGGCGCAGCCGCAGGCGGAGCAGGCGGCGGCGGCAGAGGCGGCGGCCGCGGCGGAGACGGUGCGGCCCGGCGACCCGGUGCCGGCGCCGCCGCCGGUGCGCUACCAGCCGGAGCUGCCGGUGCCGGACAACCUGGCGGACGUGGCCAACAUCCCCUACCUCUGGGUCAAGGGCGAGGACUUUGUAAAGAACGGAACGCCCGUGUCGCUCGUCUACCGCAUGGCCACGGUGCUGGAUGUGCGCGACAUGGCCGCGCCGAAGCGCACACGCGAGCUUUGGAAGAGCGGCGGAGGCGGCGGCGAGGGCAGGGGCCGCGGCGGGCGCGGCGGGAGAGGCGGCAAGCGGCGCUUCCAGCGGGGCGGCGGCGAGGGCGGCGAGGGCGAGGACAUGGAUGUGGACGAGGAGGCGGAGGGCCCCGGCGAUGGCAUGGAGCACGACGGUGACGAGGAGCACGUCGCGAAGCGGCAGCGGGGGGCGCGCGGCGGCCAGCGGCACGUGGUCAAAGCCACGCGGCGGGCGCUGCGGCCGUAUGGCGGGCUGGAUCUCAUGGAGGGCUCCGCGCCGCUGCCGGCCGGCGGCCACGUGCUCGACUACACGGAGCUAGAGGACGAGGCGCCCGCCACUGAGCCGGUCCCGGCAGUAAUUGGGCAGCAGCAGGCGGAGGCUGGAGACGGAGGGGAGGGAGGUGACGAUGGCGCGGGGCGCGGCGGGUGGCGCGGGCGUGGCCGGGGCCGCGGUCGUGGCGGGCGCGGCGGCGGAGGGGGCGAGCCGGUGGGUUAUGUGGACCUGGACUUGAGGCAAGUGCUCAAGGCACGGCGGCGCGCGGAGAUGGAGGCGCGACAGGCGCGCUUGCGGAGCCGUAGCCCUGAGGCUGAUGGUGGGGACGGUGGCGGUGCGGAUGGCGAUGCCGCGGGCGGAGACGAUUGAGGCGGGGGCAGGGGGUGUGGUCGGUUGCUGGCGUGUGGUUGCGGAUUGAUGUGAAUGUUUGCGCGAACCGGUGCUAGAGAGUCCACACAUAGAGUUCGG